GGCGCGCGCAUUUGUUGACAGUUCCUUGAAGUGUGUGAAUUUUAGUGUUUCAGAAAAAUACUUAUUUUGUGAAGAAAAAUUACUUGAUUGAGCAUGUCUAAGCGAUUGAGUGAUACCCCGAAAAAUACCCUCUUCAACUACUUCAGCAGAACUCCUCCGGCUGCCGGAAGUUCCCCAAAAAUAGCUGCCAAAACACCUGCCCAAACAACUGCAUCCCCAUCGACUCCUAAAUCAGCUCUGAAUGCUUCUAAAAAUGUAGGGAAACGUAUCUUGAGCACAGAGAAACCAGAAAAAUCCACCCCAAUUUCCAAGCAUGCGAAUGGUGAUGAAGAGAUUGUGUCUCAGAAGAAGAAAAGAAGGAGGAUUAUCACGUCAGAUUCUGAGGAUUCUGACCGGGAGAAUGAUAAUCUCCAGGUGAAUUCUGAUAAAAGACAAUGUGAUUCACCAGUUAGUAGGGCAGUUGUGGCGAAAAAGGUGAAGAUGGAGGGUGUAGAAACGAGUAAAUUAACCAUUGAAGAGAAACUGGCCAGUUUGACAAAAACUGAGCCAAAUGAAGUUCCGGAUGAACUGGAGAUGACGAGUAUAGUUGAGGAUGAGGCUACUGUGUGGUUACACAAUAAGCUGGAGUUUCUCAAGCCCGAGAAUAUCCGGGAUGCCAAGAAAAGGAGGCCUGAUCAUCCUGACUACGAUCCGAAUACUCUGUAUGUUCCGGAUUCGUUCAUGAAGAAUCUGACUCCGGGAAUGUAUCAGUGGUGGGUUAUGAAAGCCCAGCACAAUGACUGUGUGAUAUUGUUUAAGGUUGGGAAGUUCUAUGAGCUGUAUCAUAUGGAUGCUGUUGUGGGAGUCAAUGAGUUGGGAUUUACGUACAUGAAGGGAGAAUUUGCUCAUUCUGGCUUCCCAGAACAGGCUUAUGAUCGCAUGGCCACGAGCCUGGUGGAGAAGGGCUACAAAGUGGCUCGGGUGGAGCAAACUGAGAAUCCGGAGAUGAUGCAGGAGCGCUGCAAGAAGCAAAAAUCCGUGACAAAAUUCGAUCGUGUGGUCAAGAGAGAAAUCUGUCAGAUCACAAACAGAGGAACGCGAGUUUUUGGCCAGCAAGUACAGCUCACGGGGGAUUUUCAGCCACAGUACAUGCUGGCAAUUGCUGAAAUUGCCGGAGGGAUGACCAGUACCUACGGGAUUUGCUUCAUUGACACAUCAAUUGGGAUGUUUCAUAUUGGGCAGUUUGAAGAUGACAAACACAGUUCCAGGAUGCUGACUCUCCUGGCACACAACACGCCCGUCCUGGUACUGUUCCAGAAAAAUGGUCUGAGCGAGAGAACUCGGCAGAUCUUCAAGACAAUGCUGUCAAGUGCUCUCAAAGAUCCUCUCAGUGAAUCUCAAAUGUGGGAUGCCUCCACGACGCUCAAGAAUCUCGCGGAAAAGUACUUCCUCACGGACGACGGCACAAAUUGGCCAGAGAUUUUCAAGGAAAUGCAGGAUGAUUGUGACCACUUGGGGCUGACUCCGAAGAAAAAUUACUCCCUGGCUCUCAAAGCACUCGGAGGAUGCAUUUUCUACCUCACCAGAUGCCUCCUGGAUCAACAAAUCCUCUCUCUAGCUCGCUAUCAAUUCUACCAGCCACCCGAUGUCACGGAAUCCGUGAAUAAGCUUGAGGAAAACAUCUCUAGAGCCUCCCAAAAACUCAAUAAAUCCAAGAAUAUGGUUCUGGAUUCCAUAACUCUGCAGAACUUGAAGAUUAUCGGCGAAGAGGGCUCCCUAAUGGAGACCCUGGAUCACUGUUGCACGAAAUUCGGGAAGAGACUCCUGCACAACUGGAUUUGCUCUCCCAGCUGCGACAUCUCUGUCAUCCGGAAGCGUCAGGAGGCAGUUUCUGAACUCGUCGAUAGGCCAAUCCUGCUCCAGGAUAUCCGAUCGCUUUUGGGAUCUCUGACGGAUCUUGAGCGACAACUCGCCCAAAUUCAUUCCUUCAGCAGCUACGGGCGCUUUAAGGAUCAUCCGGACAGCCGUGCGAUCCUCUAUGAGGAAGUUCAGUAUGGAAAAAAGAAGAUCCAGGACUUUAUCUCGGUCCUCAAGGGCUUUAAAGCCUUGCUUAAAUUACCAGGACUCACGGCGAAAUGCUCAAGUGAAUUCCUGAUCUACCUGAGUCAGAACAGUCCUGAAGGAACCUUCCCGGAUUUCUCUGCAGACCUAGACUUCUUCGAGAAGGCUUUUGACCACGAGGAAGCCCUUAAAGAGGGCAUAAUUGCUCCAGAACAUGGAGUUGACAAGGAAUUCGAUGCUAUUGAGGAAGAAAUCAAGGACAUUGAAAUGGAAUUCAAGGAAUAUGUCAAGAUCCAGGAAAAAUACUUCAACUGCAAGGUCACCGUAGGAACCAAUCGUAAUCGCUACCAAUUGGAAAUUCCAGAAAGUUUUGCCAAGAAAGCUGGCUCGGAAUAUUCCCUGGAGAGUCAGCAGGGAAAAAAGGGCGGGAAGGGCAUCAAGAGGUAUCACACGGAUGAGACAAAAGAUCUUCUAAAGAGAAUCACAGUAGCUGAGAAUCAGAGAAAAAAAGUUCUAAAAGAUCUGUCAAGGAGGAUCUUUGAGAAAUUCUCCAACAAUCACGAUGUCUGGAAGCAGUGUGUAUCAAAUGUUGCCAUCCUGGAUGUUCUAACAUCCUUCGCAGAGUACGCCAGAAAUUCCCGGGAGACCUGCGUUCCGGAAAUAAUCGAUGAAGACUGUGAGCCAUUUAUGGAACUCGAAGAUGGAUACCAUCCAUGCCUGACCGGCAAUGAAGACUUCAUCCCGAAUGGCAUUAUCCUAGGAGCUCCUCAGACUGCCCUGACAAUCCUCACGGGACCAAAUAUGGGCGGCAAAAGUACCCUAAUGCGGCAAGUUGGCCUUCUGGCUGUGAUGGCUCAAGUGGGAUCACGAAUCCCAGCAUCACGCUGUCGCAUGACCCUCAUCGAUCGCAUUUUCACUCGUCUGGGAGCUCAGGAUGACAUCUUGGCAGGACAUAGCACCUUCCUUGUCGAACUCAGCGAGACCUCAGCCAUUCUCAAACAUGCCACAAUCAACAGUUUGGUCCUACUCGAUGAACUUGGCCGUGGAACUGCCACUUACGAUGGCACUGCAAUUGCAGCGUCUGUCGUCAACUUCCUGGCCGAUCUCAAGUGUCGCACCCUCUUUUCCACGCACUAUCACAGUCUCGUGGACAAUUUCCAUCGGGAUGGACGAAUAACUCUGGGCCAUAUGGCCUGCAUGGUGGAGAAUGAGGAUAGCGAUGAUCCAACUCAGGAAACAGUCACUUUCCUCUACAAAUAUGCCGAUGGACCUUGUCCCAAAUCCUAUGGAUUCAAUGCUGCCAAAUUGGCCGGAAUGCCAACCACCAUCAUCCGGAGGGCACAUGAGUUGUCCAAAAAGGUGGAAUCCAGUGCGCUGAAAAGAAAGAUUUUCUCUCGGAUUCUGUCCAAUGGAAAUCCCGAGGAGAUCCGAAAUCUUCUGGCCAAACUCAAGGCAUGCGGCUAAACCCACCUCAAAAUGGAGAUGAAAGAGAUGGACUUGUUGUUCAGAGUAAGUUUGUAUACGAUUUGUAUGAUUUGAUCGACAAAAAUAACUCCAUUCAAUAAAAUGUAUCUUUUGUAUUACAAA